CGUUGAUGGAGUUGCGUCGUAUUCGUCGUCGUUGCGAUGAAGAUGCCUUGAUCGUGAAAAUCCAAUUUAUCAUUUACGCGUUGUGAAGAAAACCCCGAUUAAUCAACUGUCACUGUCGCUGUUUAUAUUGCUUCUACUGUUAUUGGACGUGAUUUUAAUUCUGAAACACUUGAUUACAGUUUUUCCACAUCGUAAAACAAGAUUUCAACCACAUUCUUCAGUCGCCAGAACCGGCGCGCAGUCAUUCCGCCGAUCAUUGCGCCGCCAGACCAGUCAUCAAGUAGGGCUCGGCGAAUCAACAGGCGUUCUUUUCCCCGGUGUAUCGCAGAAUGAUGACCAUUGAGAAGCUGCUGGCUGAGAGAAAGAUGAUGCUUCGUGAAUGAGGUGGCAGGGUCUGGGAUGUAUACCUAGUAGUGAUGUGAGCUCAUGCAAUUAAGCGUGAAACGGUUUGCGUCUUCUGGCACCUUUGCCUUAGCUCUGGUGUAAGCAAGAAUAAAUGGUUAGCUCAUCCAACCAGGAAGUGUGUUUAGAUCAAUCUACUUUUUUUUAUUGUUGUUUGCCCAAAGAAGAAUUUCGUGAUACCGGAAGAGUAAUAAAUCUAUCAUGGUGUCUGAAGUAGGUGAAUUCCCGUCGUAAAUGCAAUUACCGCCAGAUGUAAGGCGUGCAUCAAGUGAGAUUUAGUGAAAUAUAUCGUAAAAGGUAUCCAUUUUUGGAUGGAUUGAAGAGUUCAGUUGAGUGGGUGUGUUUUAAGUGAUGUAUAGAACGGGUUAACAUAAGCCACUCCAAAUGAAUGAAAACAGGCGGAGGAACCCAAAUCAACUGUGAUGAUCGAAAUGUGCUCUUUAAUGAGGAUGAAAGUACCCAAUAUGAAUGUUGCUGAAAUAGUAAAAGAACCGGCUGAAAGGAACCAGCUAAGGCAGCAGCAGUACUUCGGAUUCCGUUAUACAAGUGAAAAUGUAAUCCACUGGGAAUUGGAACGAGUUAAAUGCUGAAACACAUACACUCUGGCCCCGUGUCUGGCCAAAAUCGGUCAACACGGGGUCUGAGCAGGGCACCGCAGCCGCUCAAUGUAUCUACGGUGUCCGCAACAUCGGCCACUCCGACAUCGGUGAAGCAUAUGAAUGGAGGGCCUCCCCGAUUGUUGUCAUCGUUCAUCACGCCUCUGCCGUCAGUGUCGUCAUCCGGCAAUAACAACAAUCACAACGCUACCACUAAUAACAACUCUACGACGAAUAACAACAUUCUAAGCAGCACGACUGUGAAUAUUAAUAAGGAUAGGCUAGGUGCUCGAGAAGCUUUAACGAGCUUAGGUUUAUUAUGUUUAGUGUCUCUUCUGUUAGCUUUAUUAUCGUUAAUUUUCUUGUUGAAAAUUUCUCCUGGCGGUCGAGAUCCUCCACCACCUACGGUUGGACCCACGGUGCUCGAGGACUAUGCAAUCGUGUACGACGUCACCCUGGCACUGUGUGCCCUUUCACUGUCGCUGAACCUCUGCUGUUUGCUAGUGUGUGCCAUCCAGUUCUUGUUCGCUGUUAAAUUAGUCCGUGCACCUGCAACAACCGGAAGAGGUAACAAAUAUCUUCAGAAAUCGAGCGUUAGUCGAGUUUGUGCGGUUGGCGGAUUCUUCAUAUCAAUACCUAUAUUUUUAACAGGAAUUAUUUUGUACACCUUCACACAGUUCCACUCAACUCCAGCUAUUGUGACGAGCAUACUAAUAGGAGUUGGAAUUGUUUUCUGUGGCGGCGCCAUGGUUCACAAUGUGUUCGUCUGGCAACGGGAGAAAACGAUCAGCGUACGACAAUCCACUCCCCUCAAUCUGAACCUAACACUCUCGCCGCAGAUCAGUACGAUAUCCCAACCUGCACAAUAUCUCAACCAGAACGGCCAUGGUCCGCAUAUGGGACUGAAUCACAGUCACGCUACUCAUAACCACACGCCCGUAACGCAGCUAACUCCAGUAACUCCACUUUCGGGUAAUCAUUCCCACAUCAGUUUUAACCACUCGUACUUGCCAUCCUACGGAGGGAUUCGGGCGGCUACGGCAACUCCGCCUACGCCCAAGGUCAAUGCACUUCUAGGGCGGGAUGCCAGCGGUUCCGUUAGUCCCGGAAUGCCAGCCAAUUUAAACACGGCCACUCUCGAUAUUAGCAAUGUCACUGCAACAAACUCGCCACAUGAGUUGUCUACGCUUGUGUGAGACUGAAGUUUUAAUCUCUUAAUUCCAUUUGUUAUCGUUUUAGUGUUUUAUCCAGCAAGUUUUUGAAAAUGUUUGAGUUAGUAGGAAAAUAAAAAGUUGCAUGAGACAAGCGUUGAAAACUACAAUACCCUACUUGACAAAACCCAGACUAGGAACACUAGGAACGUAUUUUAAAUACAUUAAUUUUAAACUUAAAUCUAAGAUUAGGAUACCUACCUUUAAAUGGAAUGUACAAAGUAUAUUCGUAACACGUAAUUAGAAAUAGUGAAUAUGUCGUGUACAGUCGUGUAAAAAUUCACUGUUGAAUUGCUAUUUAUUUAUAUUGAUGAAAGUAAGGAUCUGAAUUGUGUACUCUAAAGCUUAGUUCUUUUAGAAA